AUGCAGCAUGUGAUAACUAUAGUGAUGCAGUUAAGAAAGGUUUGCAACCAUCCUUAUCUCAUGCCGGGCACCGAGCCUGAAUCUGGAUCUGCUGAGUUCCUUCACGAAAUGCGAAUAAUGGCUUCAUCAAAGUUGACUCUGCUGCAUUCAAUGCUCAAGUUGUUAUAUAAAGAAGGCCAUAGGGUCCUUAUAUUCUCCCAGAUGACGAAGCUUCUUGAUAUCCUUGAGGAUUAUUUGACCAUUGAAUUUGGACCGAAGACAUUUGAGAGAGUUGAUGGAUCUGUGUGUGUCGUUGAUCGUCAAGCAGCAAUUACACGUUUUAACCAAGACAAAAGUCGCUUUGUAUUCCUCCUAUCAACACGCUCUUGUGGCCUUGGGAUCAACUUGGCAACUGCUGAUACUGUCAUCAUUUAUGAUUCUGAUUUUAACCCGCAUGCAGAUAUUCAAGCAAUGAAUCGGGCUCAUCGUAUUGGCCAGUCAAAUAGACUUUUGGUGUACAGGCUUGUUGUACGUGCUAGUGUUGAAGAACGGAUCUUGCAACUUGCCAAGAAGAAAUUAAUGCUUGAUCACCUUUUUGUCAAUAAAUUUGACUCACCAAAGGAGGUGGAAGAUAUUUUGAGAUGGGGAACAGAAGAACUUUUUGGAGAUUCUUUAAGCAUGAAUGGAAAAGAUGCAGGUGAAAACAAUUGCAGCAAAGAUGAAGCAAUUGCUGAAACAGAACAUAAGCAUAAAAGGAAGACUGGUAGCCUUGGUGAUGUGUAUAAAGAUAGAUGUACAGAUAUAAGCACCAAGAUUCUGUGGGAUGAAAAUGCUAUUCAAAAGUUGCUUGAUCGUUCAAAUCUCCAGUCAAGUUCACCUGAUAAUGCUGAAAUGGAAUUGGAGAAUGACAUGCUUGGUUCAGUAAAUUGGAAUGAUGAGCCAACAGAAGAACAAGCUAUAACAGCACCUGUUCCCAUGGUGACUGAUGAUACAUGCAUAGAGAACUCUGACAAGAAAGUGGAUAAUUUAGUGGGUAUUGCUGAAGAGAAUGAAUGGGACAGGCUUCUUCGAGUGAGGUGGGAGAAGUACCAAAGUGAGGAGGAAGCAGCUCUCGGUCGAGGGAAACGCCAAAGGAAAGCUGUUUCUUAUAGAGAAGCAUAUGCUCCCCACCCUAGUGAAACAUUGAGUGAGAAUGGGGCAGAAGAUGAGCCAGAGCCAGAACCAGAACCAGUACGGGUGUACACUGCAGCAGGACGUGCUUGGAAAGAAAAAUAUGCAAGGCUUAGUGCUAGACAGAAAGCACGUCUAGCUAAGGCAAAAACUGAUAAGGCACGUGGUUUUGGGGGACUAUCCAGGCCAGAGACGCUUCCUCCACUCACUCCACCCAAUGCCCAGGAUGGACACCAAAAGACUGCAUCAUUUCUGCUUGUUGAAGAUAGUGGUUCUGCAAUAGAUUUGGUAGAUAAGAGAUCAGUUCAAAUGCCUGAGAGAACAAACAAGAUCGAAAAGCUGGGGAAAGUACAAAAGCCAAAAUCAGAUGUUCUACUAGAUCUUCCAGUCAAACCUAGUGUGCAACAGUUCCCUUUUGGAUCACCAUUCAGUCAUCAAUUACAAGGGACGAGUUUUAUGAGCUCAGCACCCAGCAACAAUUUGUUGCCAGUUUUGGGACUGUAUGCUCCUAAUGCAAGUCAAAUGGAGUCAUCACAGAGGAAUUUCUCUAGAUCCCACUGCAGACAGAGGAGGCCAGACUUUGGACCUGAUUUCCCAUUUCCUGCAGUUCCUUCCUCUGGGUGCAUGAAUGCUAUGGGUGUUAAAGGACCUGAGACCAUCUUAGGUGGAUACCAGUUGCCAGAUCUUUCAUGUGAUGGUUCAGAAAAACAUUCAAAGCCCAAUAUCCCAAAUAGUUUUCUCCCGUCCAAUCUGCAACCUGCACUUGAUCUUAAAGGAAAAGGUCGGGUGGAUGAUUUUGAUAAUUCUGGUGCCUCCUUUUCUAGCUUUCGAGAAAAAUUGUUGCUACCCAAAUUCCCUCUGGAUGAGAGUCUGCUGCCAAGGUAUCCAUAUCCAACCAAGAACCUUGCGCAUGCACCCCAUGAUAUGUUUCCCAGUUUGUCACUGCGAUCAAAAGUUAUGGAUGCUAACUAUCGUCCUGAACUACCAACUAUGCCAUUGUUGCCAAAUCUCAAAUUUCCCCCACAAGAUAUAUCCAGGUAUAGUCAGCAAGAACAACAGAAACCUCCAACAUUGGGAUUGGGUCCAAUGCCACCUUCAUUUCCAUCUUUUCCUGGAAAUCACAGAAAGGUGCUUGAGAACAUUAUGCUGAGAACAGGAUCUGGAUCAAGCAACCUGCUCAAAAAGAAGGCGAAAAUGGAUAUCUGGUCUGAAGAUGAACUAGAUUAUCUGUGGAUUGGUGUUCGAAGACAUGGACGAGGGAAUUGGGAUGCCAUGCUACAAGAUCCAAAGUUAAGAUUUUCCAAAUAUAAAACUGCAGAAGAUUUGUCAGCAAGAUGGGAGGAGGAACAGCUCAAGCUCUUGGAUGGCCAAGGAUUUCCAUUCCCAAAGGCAUCGAAGCCUUCAAAAGUUGCAAAAUCUUCCUUACUUCCAGGCAUAUCUGAUGGGAUGAUGACACGAGCUCUGCACGGAAGCAAGUUAAGUGGGCCAUCGAAAUUUCAGAGUCAUAUCACAGACAUGAAGUUGGGAUUGAGUGAUCUACCUUCCAGCUUGCAACAUGUAGAACCUUCUCGUAAUCUAGGUCUUCCUGGUGAUCAUAUUCCACCUCUUCCGCCUUGGAAUAUGGACAAAUCAUGGGCCAACUUUUCUAGAGACUUGAUGAGUGGCCCCUGUGAUGGAUUGAUGUCUUCAUCAAGUAUUCCUAGAGACUCAUCAUUCCUGAUGAAUGCAUAUGGAGCGAGCGGCUUGGCUCCUCUUGGUUUGAAAAGCUCUAGCAGCUUGGGUCCUUUUGGUUUGAAUAGCUCUAGCAACCUUGAUUUGGAAGGAACGGAGCAUGAAGUUGGUGCUGAUAGAUCUGGGAAAUUGCCAAGCUUUAUGGAGAAACCAUUAAACAUUCUGCCUGAUUUGCAUAACAUAGGACCGGGUGAAUCUUCUGGGUCAAAGUUGUGCUCUGAUUUUAACAAAGUUCAGAGCACUUGCGAUUCAAAGGGUAAAGAAGUGGUUGAGGAAUACAAUUCUUCAAGGAGUAGUCUGCCUCACUGGCUUCGAGAAGCAGUGAAUGCUCCAGCAAAAUCCACUGAGCAUGACCUACCGCCAACUGUCUCUGCCGUAGCACAAUCAGUUCGCCUGUUAUAUGGGGACAAGAACUCUGCGAUUCCUCCAUUUAUUGUCCCAGGCCCACCUCCAUCCCGACCAAAGGAUCCGUGGCGAAGCUUAAAGAGAAAGAAGAAACAAAGAUCUCGUAAAGUGAAACAAUGCAAGCAGGAUGUUGCAGGAACCCUCGAUGAUGUCCAGAGCAGCUUCCUGUGUGAGAAUGUUGCUUCAACUUCUGCUUUGCAAGAGUUGCCAUUUCCUCAGGUUCCAGUAUCAGUAGCUUCUACUACAGGACAUCCUUUUGUUGAACCCCACAGCAGAACUCCACCUUUGAGCCUCGACAUGAUGAAUCAAUUAUCUUCAUCAACAAAUACAGCUGGUGAGAAGAAAAUGGCUACCCAGUUGUCACCUUCUCCUGCAGUGCUUCAGUUGGUUGCGUCAUGCACUGCACCAGGUCCAUCAGGAAUGGCAACUUCAACUUUUGCCGACCAAGGAAAACACUUGGAUGGCCAGGAUGAACAGUCAGCCGAGAAGGUGAAUGAGAACAUGUGGGGUCAGGGUAAACAAGAUCAAUCUGAAAGUCACGAUUCCAGCAAAACUCAGUCUGAUCCUGCUCGAGCUAGGCAGCCUGAUGGAUGUGAAAUGUCAUCUGAGGGAACUGUCUCAGAUCACCGUGCAAGUGAUCAGGAAUCAUAGACUGUAUCUGGAGAAUGUCAGUCAAUUGGGAUCUGGACAUCUACUCCAUGUAACUAAAAUUAUAAACCUGUAGUAUUUGUCAAAAAUUUUUGUAGCCACGAAGGUUUUAGUCUUGAGCUUUUAGGAUGUUUUUCACCAUCGUGUAUAGCUUAUAUGGGUAAGGUUUAAAUAUAGGAUGCUAAACUUGAUACAUUUGCCUGUUUAUGAUUCCUUUUCUUUACCAGCCCUUCACCUGCACUCCUUUGCCCAGAGCUGCCCACCAGCACCUGAACCCAGAAAAGAAGGAAAAAACCCUCUUACCCUCCACCUGUUCCGUUUCUGUGGCAGUUAUUUAUUCCUGUCCCUGAUUAUAACUUUCUGCUAUGAUGAAUUGAAUCCAGCUGACUUUAUCUUCGAGAC